AUGGCCACCAUGCUGCUGCAUACAGUUCUGAAUAGUGAAAACUUAGAGGAAAUCACCCUGAGAUUUUUUGAGUCCUAUCAUGGACAGAAUGAAGAUGAUUCAGCCCACAGUGCUAUUUCUUAUGCCAUGAAACAUGCUGGUAAUCUCUUUAUUCCAUCUCAGCUUUAUCCAGUUUUCAAACUAGCUCGGAAGCAACAACCAUACGAUCUUAUUCCCUUACAAUUCGACGACAUUUUGGACUUCAAGACAUUGUCGAAAGAGUUACGUAUUCUGAAUAUCAAAACCACAGAAACUGGAGAAACAUUUAAAUGGAAUGAUAUCAUGGAGUUCAAAAACUCCAUCAGGCACAACCUGUCCCUGCACAACCGCUUCAUGCGCGUGCAAAACGAGGGCACCGGAAAAUCCUCCUGGUGGAUCAUCAACCCGGACGCGAAACCUGGCAAGUCAGUGCGGCGGCGCGCGGCAUCCAUGGAGACCAGCAAGUUCGAGAAGAAGCGCGGCAGGGCGAAGAAGAAAGUGGAGAUGAUGAGGAACGGCUUGCCUGACACCACGCCGAGUCCGAGCUCGUCGGUGUCGGAGGGGUAUAUGAACGGCCAGACUUCUCAACAACCCCCUCCACCCUACACUGCCCCCUACGAACAAUUCCCUGGGUGUAGAGACAUGAACACAUUGCACGCAGCUUCCCCCUACGGACUCACCCAGUGCCCGAUUCACCGUAUCCAGACGUGUUCUUGUUUAGCGCCUAUCAAAGUAGAGGAGCUGAUCAAGCACGAGCUGAACAUCGAGGGCAGCCUCGACUUCAAUUUCCCCACGCACCAGCACCAUAACCAGCAGCAGCAGCAGCACCACCACCACCACCAGCAGCAGCAGGAGAUGCCUGGGCAGGUGGAUGGCCGUUCGACGAGUCAGCCGCCCAGCGCGCCGCCAUCUUAUUCCGCCACGGUGACGACGCCAUCUUGGGUGCAUUGA